AUGAAUCCAUGUGCUCCAAGUUAUCCGAUGGCCUCGUUGUACGUCGGAGACCCAGAUAUUACCGAGGAAAUGCUAUACGAGAAAUUCAGUCCUGCUGGCGCAAUAGUCUCCGUACGGAUUUGCAGGGACGCGAUGACCCUCCGCUCACUUGGAUACGCAUACGUGAACUUUCAGCAGCAGGCAGAUGCUGAGCGUGCUUUGGACACUAUGAACUUUAACAUCAUCAAAGGCAGACCUGUGCGAAUUAUGUGGUCCCAGAGAGACCCCUCUCUGAGGAAGAGUGGAGUUGGCAACAUCUUCAUCAAGAACCUUGACAAGUCUAUUGACAGCGAAGCUCUUUACGACACAUUCUCUGCCUUUGGGAACAUCCUUUCCAGCAAGGUGGUGUGUGACGAGAAUGGCUCUAAGGGCUACGGCUUUGUGCACUUUGAGACCCGUGAGGCUGCGGAGAGAGCAAUUGAGAGACUUAAUGGCAUGUUGCUCAAUGACCGCAAAGUGUUCAUUGGCCACUUCAAGUCUCGCAAGGAGCGAGAGGCUGAGAUGGGGGCCAGGGCCAAAAAGUUCACCAAUGUGUACGUCAAGAACUUUGGAGAGGACAUGGACGACGACAAGCUGAAGGAGAUCUUCAGCAAGUUUGGCCAAACGCUGAGCACUCGCGUCAUGACCGACGAGAGCGGCAAGUCCAAGGGCUUUGGCUUUGUGAACUUCGAGAGGCACGAGGAUGCCCAGAGGGCUGUGGAUGAGAUAAAUGGGAAGGAGCUGAAUGGGAAGAAGGUGUAUGUGGGUUAUGCCCAGAAGAAAGGCGAGAGGCAGACAGGGCUGAAACGAAAGUUUGAGCAGAUGAAGCAGGACGGUAUGACUCGCUACCAGGGAGACAACCUGUACGUCAAGAACCUAGACGACGGUCUGGACGACGCGCGUCUACGUAAGGAGUUCUCUCCGUUCGGGACCAUCACAAGUGCCAAGGUGAUGAUGGAGGGCGGCCGCUCCAAAGGGUUCGGCUUCGUGUGUUUCUCCUCGCCGGAGGAGGCCGCCACGGCCAUGACGGAGAUGAAUGGGCGCGUUGUAGGCACCAAGCCGCUGUACGUGGCUCUGGCGCAGCGCAAGGAGGAGCGGCAGGCCCACCUCUCCAACAAGUACAUGAAGCGCACGGCCAGCGUGAGUGCCUUGCCCAACCUCGUGCUCAACCCCUACCAGCCUGCCCCGCCCUCCGGCUACAACAUGGAAGCCAUUCCACAAGCUCAGAACUGGCCUGCCUACUGCGCAAGCAGCCAGCUGGCACAACUCCUCCCCAGCCCUUGCUGGGCCAUGCAGUGCGUCCACCCACAGCAAGUCCAGGAUAUGCCGAGUGCCAUCGGUCCAGCCGCAUCCUGCCCGCAGGCCUUCAGCGCCAUCCGACCAACCACCGCCUGCCAGGUCCCACGCACGAUGGCCUAUCAGACCAUGGCAUCUGAGGCUCCGGGGACAGGGAUGGCCAGCGCGGAAGCUGCCAACAAGGCGUCGCUGCAGCACCUGGGGGCAGAGCUCCAGGUGCCCGUGCAGCUGGCUGCGGUCCAUGUGCAGGGUCAGGAACCUCUCAGUGCCUCCAUGCUGGCUGCUGCACCUCCACAGGAGCAGAAGCAGAUACUGGGUGAGCGUCUGUUUCCCCUGAUCCAGAACAUGCAGCCCACCCUUGCAGGGAAGAUCACGGGUCUGUUCCUGGAACUGGACAACUCGGAGCUACUGCAUAUGCUGGAGUCUCCUGAGUCUCUGCACCCUAAGGUGGAUGAGGCAGUCGCUGUGCUCCAGGACCAGUGCGCGCAGGAAGCCGCUCAAAAACUUUAACCAGUGCUGCGCUUCUG